CAUCCUGGUGUACUUCAGGGACUUUUACGCAGAGUCUUCCUCCGUCCGCCCCGACACGUCUGGAGCCCCGGACACCGACACACGAUCUGUUCUUCCCCCUCCAACAUGGAGGCCUUAGGGGGCUACCCCACCAAGUCCUCCGGCCCCAGAGCGAAGAGGCUGAAGGUGCUGCUGAGCAUGACGGUGGGUGUGGGCUGUUUGUUCCUCCUGCAGACGCAGCUGGUGAAGCCGAGGAAACCCCAAGACUUUUAUUCUUUCGAGGUGAAGGACGCGAAGGGGAGGUCUGUCUCUCUGGAGAAGUACCGAGGAAAAGCGUCUUUGGUUGUAAACGUGGCGAGUCUCAGCGAGCAGACCGAGGUGAACUACAUGUCUCUGCAGGAGCUGCACCGGGAGCUGGGCACCUCUCACUUCAACGUGCUGGCCUUCCCCUGCGGACAGUUCGGGGACACCGAGCCCGGGAGCAGCCGGGACAUCGAGGCCUUCGCCAAGUCCACGUACGGAAUCACCUUCCCCUUCUUCAGCAAGAUCAAAAUAAUGGGCUCAGAGGCGGACCCUGCCUUCAGGUUCCUCACAGAUUCUGUGAAGAAAAUUCCAAAGUGGAACUUCUGGAAGUUUCUGGUGAAUCCCGAGGGGAAAGUCAUCCGCUUCUGGCGAACUGACGAGCCCAUGGAAAGCGUUCGAGAGGAGGCCACGGCGCUGGUGCGAGAAAUCAUCUUAAAGAAACGCGUGGAGCUAUGAUGGAGCGUAUGGACACACAGCUGUUUUCAUGUCAGUGUUUCCUGUGCUGGAGUCACAAGCGGUGGACUGUGAACUGUUCCAGUGAGUUUGGUUUGGGUGACGUCUCCAGAAAUGAUCCACUAGCUUCAGACACAAAUGCUGUCAGUGUCAGAGCAAAGCACAUCAGAAUAUGUGUGUAUCUGUGUGUAAUGGGGACCAUCCUGUGGUUGCUAAUGACAACGAUGAAGAACUUUGAUGACCACUGCUGCGGCUGAAGAAUUGUUUAGCGUUGGAUUUUUACACAUUUACUUUGGCUUAGUCGCGUCUCUACUUUCCUAAUGUUUACGUCAAAAUCUAUUUGUUAAGGUGAAGCAUUCCAAUUAAGGCAAUUUUGACUGAUCUGAGCCCAGCAAAUUGUGAAACAUCCAUCCAACAAUAAAAGGAUUUCAUCAUUUUUUGAUUUAGCUAA